AUUCAAUUAUUAGAGAUCCAACUAUUUAUUUGAAAGGAUUUCUGCUGUGGGCUUCUUUUAUCAUUUCCCGAGAACUCCUGGAUUUAACUUGUUCUUCCGUGUCUCUGUAUUCACUUUAUGUUAAUUCAGGCAUUGUGACAAGAUGUCCUCUCGAACUGAAGAUGAAGAGAAGGAAAGAAGGAGAGGGGUGGUAUGGGAAGAUAAGCUACCAGGACUUUGAGGAAGAGCUAAAAGACCUUGCAGGUGUGGAGAAGAAGAUUAGAGAAGCUCAGAAUAAAAUAGCCGGACCCGGGUCUGGGAUCAGUCAUGAACUCAUCAGUCUGGAGAUCGCCUCUCCUGAUGUUCCCGACCUGACGCUCAUUGACCUGCCCGGCAUCACCAGGGUGGCUGUAAAGGGACAAAAAGAAAACAUUGAAAAUCAGGUAUGCUAGCUAGACCAUACUUUGGUCCAGAGACAACUAUGCUACUCAAAGAUUAAUCCUCAAAUGACUUUGGUGUUCCAAGAGUGCUCUGGUGCCAGAAACACUUAACAGGUUACAUGUCCAAAACACAUCCGCUCAUGGCAGAAGACCCCAGAAGUGGAAGCAUUUUCUCCCAUGUUAUUUGUUGUGGACAACUCAAAUGACGUACCACUCAUCACAAUGUUGUUUACAUCUGGGCAAAUUGGCUUGAUUAGAAUGAUCUUCUAUCGUAGAAAUACACACUAAUACAAUUGAUUUAACAAGUUGUAACCUAACUGUAACACAUACAUAGUGAACAACUAUAAUAUUGGCUCAUUAAAUAAAUCAAUAUUACGGAUGUUGUUAAGGUAGAAACAUGUUUACAGUCAAUUUAAAUGAAAAUGGUACUGCUUCCUCAAAAUGAGGUGAUACUACAGUGGUUGGCAGGUUUUUGUCAUUUGUAACCUGAAGCCAUACAAGUUGGCCGAAGAAGUAAUGCUGGGCGGGGAGUGGGACAUUACUGUAGGUAAUAAGAUAUUUAUCCGGAUCAGUUGAAUCAAAGGAUUCAAAGGCUACAGCAUAGUUUUUUACAAUAAAAAUGUGCUUUCCCCUUUCACCACUGGGUAUAAAGGUCCUCCUCGAAUGGCAGUUCCUUCCUGGUUAUGUACUGCACCUUUCACAUGUAAAGUCUUACAAUUAAAGGGUGCAACUGCCAUACCAGGAUGUGAUGCA